AUCCAACCACAGAAACUUUGUCAGGCACCAGAACAGACCUCAGAAGCAUCUGUACAAGUUGUUGAGAUAGUAGUUGUACAAGACAUCACUUGGUUUACAACCCUUUUAUCUUUAAAUACAGCUUUAUAUAAGUAAGCUACAUCUACAAUGUCAGUUUUGCUCAUCAUUUGGAUGCUUUGUGCUACUCUGGGUUUGUCAGGCUCUACUCGUGAUGAAUGCGAAGAUGAGAUCCAGCGUCUUCGGGAGGAGCUGAAGAGUUUGGAACUUCGCCAGACAAAGCAACAGCAACUCAUUCAACGAUUAAUGAAUCUCAACCAGAUAGAUGAACGUUCCCUAACGGCGGGCUCAUUUUAUGACUUGGGAGACACACAGUACAUGGACUGUGCUCAGAUCUUCAAAAAUGGCAGCACUCAGAGUGGGUUUUACAUGAUUAAACCCCUGCUAAGUCCAGCCCGGAUCAGAGUGUACUGCGAUAUGGGAGAGGGGGGUGGAUGGACAGUCUUCCAGAGGCGCUCAGAUGGCAGUCAGUCCUUUGACAGAGAUUGGAAUGAUUAUAAAAUAGGAUUUGGUGACAUGCAGUCUGCUAAUGGAGAGUUCUGGUUAGGGAAUGAUAAUCUGCAUUAUCUGACAUCUCAAGAUGAUUACACCUUGAGAAUCAAUCUGGAAGACUUUGAGGGCAGCCACCGUUUUGCAGUGUACAGAACAUUGAAAGUGGAUAACGAACAGAGCCAUUACCAGCUGCAGUUUGGUGUAUACACGGGGAACGCAGGGGACGCCCUCUCUGGCAGUUAUCACCCUGAGGUCCAGUGGUGGGCCAGCCAUCAAGGAAUGAAGUUCAGCACGAAAGACAGAGAUCAUGACCGCUACGAGCGCAGCUGUGCUCAGGAGGACAAGGGCGGCUGGUGGUUUAACAGAUGCCACUCUGCCAACCUGAACGGGAUCUACCACAGAGGUCCCUACAGCGCGGUCACUGAUGACGGGAUAGUGUGGUACCCCUGGCAUGGCUGGUGGUACUCCCUCAAAUCUGUGCAGAUGAAGAUCAGACCGGCCGCUUUUGAGCCCAACGACGUUUAAUUCACUCGGAACUCGUGGACGAUGACAAAUGACAUUGUAGUCCGGCUUAGUAGUCCAAUUCUUACUAUUUACAUAUGUAGCCAAAAAAAGCUAUUCACCUGCAUGUAGCGCAAUAAACUUUUCAACGCAUC